AUGGCCGAUGACUUCGAAUUCGCUGACAAAGUCCCUCCUUCCUUCGAUAGCGCGGGAAAUGCUUCAAAGGGGUUCAACCCAGGAUUAAUUGUUCUCCUGCUUGUUGGGGGAUUGCUGUUGAUAUUCCUGGUUGGAAAUUUCGUACUCUACACCUAUGCACAGAAGACAGUCCCUCCAAGAAAAAAGAAGCCAAUCUCAAAGAAGAAGAUGAAGAAGGAAAGACUGAAGCAGGGCAUCUCUGCACCUGGAGAGUAG